AAAAAAAAGGUGAAAAAAAGAAAAUUUCAAAUCGGAGGAAAUAUCGGAAGGAAGAUGGCGGGAUCCCUAACUGCAUCAGUCCACCGAGGAAACGCGGAGGCUUCAGAAACUUCCCGAUGGCUAAUCAGCUUCGCUCGGUUUAUUCCGUUUCCGUCUCCUCCAUCUCCGUAUCCAGGACUCGUUCCUCUCGGAAAGAGGGAGCUGAGCUCGUCGCCCAUAGGGACGUGGCUGUCGACGUCCUUCUCGAAGGUGUAUCUCACUCUGGUGGACGAAGUGAACGGAUCCGAUGCGAUUCUCUCCGUCGAACUCGCCGGCAAAAUCCUCGAAGAACACUACAUUUCGAAGCUGAACUUCUCGUGGCCUCACAUGACGUGCGUUUCUGGGUUCCCAUCUCGUGGCAGCCGAGCGAUUCUCGUUAGCUACAUGGAUUCCGAAAACGAGGCAACCUCCUUACACUCGAUUCUCUUUUGGAAAUUUUCUGGAAUAAACAUACUGUCUAAUGUGCUUGUUGAUAAUGGUUCACGAGUUAGAUACUCCAGCUGUGUGAUUGAAAGCCUAUUGUUUACUGUGAUUGUUAAGCUUCUUCUCCAGAUUCAAAAGUUCGCUUUAAGGUUCUCCACAUGUGAUGCAGCUGUAACCUUUGUAGCAGCUCUCAAGGAGAAACUCAGUGGCUUUGAGGAAGCUGGGAUACAGGAACAUGAAACCAGGCCCGAGGCUAGUUUCCAGUCAGAUUACAACCCUGGAAAUGAGAUUAUCCCCAGUUAUGUUCCUGAAAUGCUACCAAGGCUCGAGUGUCAACAAUCCUUAUACCCACAACAAUUCGCCACUGAGGAAGAGCCAAACAUGGUUAAACCUCCUGAAAGUUAUGUUCUUGAAAUGCAACCAAGGCUUGAGUAUCAAACUUGUCAAACAUUCUAUGAACCACAAAUCGCCACUGUGGAGGAGCCAACCAUGGUUAAACAUAUUGGUAGCUAUGUCCGUGAAAUGCAACCAAGGCUUGGCUAUCAAGCUGGACAAACCUUAUACCCACCACACGCCACCCUUAGUCAAAUCCCUAACGAUCCUUUCAUUAACCUCCCUCCGAGUUUCACCACCUUACUCUCUGGUUGCUUCCCCAACUCCUCUCUAGAUGCAGGCCAAGCAACUGUAAAGCAGGAUCCUGAUCUAAAGUCACAGAUACUGAAGCACAUGGAAGAUUCUUCAUUUCAAGACAUGCUGCAGAAAGUUGAGAGAAUUAUGGAAGAAAUCGGAGGUAACUGGAUUCUCUGAGUUUCAUCUCGUCUCACAUAUACACCAUCUCAAUAUACUAUUCCAAAUCCAGUACUUUGUUUCAUGCAACAUAUAUGGUUUAAUCUUACACACAUUUUAAACAUUGUUGAUUUUCUUUCUACUUGUGAAUGAGAACACACUGACAUUUCUGAAUAUCAAAUGCA